AUGAUUUGCUUAUUUAUUCUUUCAGGACUGAGCUACCAAGAUCUGUUCCUUCCAAACCUUUGGUCUUUCUUCUGUGAUUUUGGUCCCAACUGUGGCCUGAAUGCCUUCAUUGAGCUGUUGACUUCAUCUCCAAACAACACACACCAUCCGGUGUUCCAGAUGCUGACUCUUUUCUGUGAUGCUGCUAGUCAUCUCAUUGUAAUACUUGAUGAUGUGGAACUGUAUGAGCAGCAAAAACCUUUCAAAUUAGAAAAUGUAGUUGCCAUGACAUCAUUUCUUAACCAAUUCAUCUUCAAGCUUGUGUGGAACAAUCUUAUUGAUGUGACAACUGCUGCUAGCAACCCACUAUUUUCCUCUCCACACACUCUACUCAUGUUACUAUAUGAGAGAGACUGCAGGAGACCCUUCACCCCAGAUAAACACUGGCUAAUUAGGGACAUCAAGCCAAGUACAUUCCUUCAGGAACUUGACCGAGGCAGAAAAACUGCGCAGUUUUUGUUGCAGAAAACGCCACAUAUCAUACCACAUAAGGAGAGAGUUAUAUUAUUUAGAAAAAAUGUGCAAAAAGAAAAAGAAGUGUUGGGCCUUACAGAGUCUGUGUGUGCAUCCCCCACUUCUACUCUAGUCACUGUGCAUAGGGCAAGGAUCAUUGAGGAUGGAUACAGACAGCUGUCUCUGGUGCCACCAGGUGCUUUGAAGGGAAUCAUCAGAGUGAGGUUCAUAAAUGCACAGGGUUUGGACGAAGCUGGCAUAGAUCAAGAUGGAGUGUUCAAAGAAUUCCUUGAGGAGACAAUAUCAAGAGUGUUUGAUCCUUCACUUAAUUUGUUCAAGGUGACAAGUGAUCAGAAGUUGUACCCUUCUCCUACUUCAGCAAUACAGGACAAUCAUUUGACACUGUUUGAGUUUGUGGGAAGGAUGCUUGGGAAAGCUGUUUAUGAGGGUAUUGUGGUGGAUGUGCCCUUUGCACCAUUUUUCCUGACUCAGAUCUUGGGCAGAACCUACAGCAGUACAUAUAGCUUUAUGGAUGAGCUGCCAUCUUUAGACCCAGAGCUCUAUAAGAACCUCACUUAUAUUAAGCAUUAUGAAGGUGAUGUUUGUGACAUCGAAUUGACAUUUUCCUCUAGUGAAGACUAUCUAGGCCAGCUAGUCACACAUGAGCUGGUACCAGGAGGGAAAGCCAUAUCUGUGACAAAUGAGAACAAGAUCAGCUAUGUCCACCACAUGGCUCAUUUCCGCAU